UUCCGGCUCCAGGCGACGAGUUCGCCAGUACCGACGAGAAAGCUCACCUGGGACAGCGAGGGGGGGCGCAGUCUCGGUGGCACUCGGACCCGAGAAGGCGGCAGCUGUUUGUGUUCACACAGCUUCUCACGCUGUGAUGUCUGUGCAGCAGCCUCUCUGAGCUGAUCAUGGAGCAUGGGACCUGCUUCAUCUAACUGGCCUCCCGCACCCACACUCCAUCUGUGGACUCAAGCUCUCCCCCCUCAGGACUCUGGCCUCCCCGAGAGGAGCCGGGAGGAGGACCCCUCAGCCCAUGACUUUCCGGACGUCAUGUCCAUGGGGUCAGACCUGUUCAGGGAUGUGGCCGUCGUCUUCUCCCGGGAAGAAUGGGAGUGGCUGGCGCCUGCUCAGAGGGACCUGUACAGGGACGUGAUGCUGGAGACCUACAGCAACCUGCGCUCGCUGGAUCUCGCCAUUUCCAAGCCUGAUGUGAUCGCCUUCCUGGAGCAAGGCAAGGAGCCCUGGAGGGCGGAGGAGGCAGCGGCAGGAGGCCUGUGCCCCGCCUCAGAGGCCAGGUCUGAGACUAAGGUGUCACCUCCAGAGCAGCCUGUUUGUGAAGGACACGCGACCCGGUGGGCGAGACCGGAAAGCCUUCCAAGUUAUGGUCUCAAGUCCUCGAGUCUCCCAGACGACUGGGAGUGCGGAAGCCAGUUUGACGGACAGCGGGGGGAUCCAGAUGAACGUCUGAGCCACGUGAUCGUCAGGCCUGAAGAAAUGCCCCCUCUCAGCCCGCAGGCAUCCCUUACUUUCUGUGGGAAAGUCCAUCCAGGGGACGAGCCCUAUGGAUAUGACGCAUGUAGGGAAGCCUUCUGGCCAGAGGACUUCCUCAUUCGCCGCCAGGGAAUCCACACCAGCGAGAAACCCUAUCAGUGUAAGGAGUGCGGGAAGGCCUUCAAGUACGGCUCGCGCCUGGUUCAGCACGAGAACAUUCAUUCUGGCAAGAAACCCUACGAGUGCAAGGAGUGUGGGAAGGCCUUCAACUCGGGUUCAAACUUCAUUCAGCACCAGCGGGUCCACACCGGCGAGAAGCCUUACGCGUGUCAGGACUGCGCCAGGGCCUUCGGCCGGAGCUCCCAGCUGAUCGAACAUCAACGCAUUCAUACCGGCGAGAAGCCCUAUCAGUGCAAAGAGUGUGGGAAGGCCUUCAAUCGGAUCUCGCAUCUGAAAGUCCACGGUAGGAUUCACACGGGGGAGAAGCCCUACGCCUGCAAGGAAUGCGGGAAGACCUUCAGCCACCGGUCCCAGCUGAUCCAACACCAGGCUCUUCACACUGGCAAGAAGCUCUAUGAGUGUAAGGACUGCGGGAAGGCCUUCAAUCAGGGCUCCACGCUCAUCCGGCAUCAGAGAAUCCACACGGGUGAGAAGCCCUACGAAUGUCAGGCCUGCGGGAAGGCGUUCCGGGUGAGCUCACAGCUGAAGCAACACCAGAGAAUCCACACGGGAGAGAAGCCGUACCCGUGCAAGGCGUGCGGGAGGGCUUUCAAGCGGGUCUCGCACCUCGCCGUGCAUUACAGGAUCCACACGGGGGAGAAACCCUACGUGUGCCAGGCCUGUGGGAAGGCCUUCAGCCACGGCUCCCAGCUGACUCAGCAUCAGGUCGUUCACACCGAGGAGAAGCCCUAUGACUGUAAGGAAGGGGGGAGGACUUUCGAUCGUGGUCCCGCUACUCUUCGACAUCGGAGAAGGCAAAGUAGAGAAACACAGAAAGACGAAGAAUACAACAAGCCAGAAUGCCUUCAUUCAGAGUUGUCCUUCCUCCCGACUCAUAAAUUUCAUACUGAAGAACAUUUUUUUAUGGGUAUAAAUUGUUUAGAUCGUGAUUAUCAAUGAAGCAGGGAAAUUUUGGAAAACGUUUUGUCUCUCAUACAUUCUUGAUUCACCUUUUCUAACUACCCGUGUAAUAAUUUUAACAUUAGCCAAAGGUUUAAAUUGUAUUGGAAACUGAAAAGAAAA